GGCAGGGUUGGGCAGCCAGGUUGGUAUUAUGGAGAAGGGGAAAUGGAAUGGCAGGAGAGAGAGAGAGUAAUACAAUGCAAGCGCAUCGCCUUUUCCCCAGCUCUAAAUUCCUCUCUUUUUUCUCUCCAUCAGACUAAUAAUUAUCAGCUCCACCUCACUCCCACCUCCGCCGCUCCUCCUCCGCCGCAUGGACCCACAGCCCCAGCCUCCUUCCUCCGCUCCUCCUCUCUCCUCCGUCCCAGCCUCUACUCCCUCUUCCGCCGCCCCACCUACAUCCGGCGUCCUCUCUCACCUCGUCACCACCACCGCCCCCGCCGCUUCAUACCCCGAUUCCAUCGAUUCUUCCCCUCGCUCCCGCACCACGGAGUCCUUCAACGAUGAACCGCCCCCACUUUCUUCCAAGCUCCGCCUCAUGUGCUCAUACGGCGGCCGAAUCGUCCCUCGUCCCCACGACAAGUCCCUCUGCUACGUCGGCGGCGACACCCGCAUCGUUGUCGUCGACCGCCAGGCCUCGCUGUCCGGUCUCUCGGCUAAGCUCUCCACCACUCUCCUGAACGGCCGCCCCUUCACGCUCAAGUACCAGUUGCCUAGCGAGGACUUGGAUUCGCUCAUCUCCGUCACCACCGACGAGGAUUUGGAUAACAUGAUCGAUGAGUACGACCGGACCUUCACCGGCGCCUCCUCCAAACCCUCGCGGCUGCGCUUGUUCCUGUUCCCCACGAAGCCCGAUUCAUCGCAGUCGAUCGGCCCGAUUCUGGAGAACAGCGCUGCCAAGGAUGAGUGGUUUUUGAAUGCCCUCAACGGGGCCACGGCUGGGCUGUUGAAUAGGGGGUUUUCCGAUUCCGCUUCUGUGAAUUGCUUGUUGGGACUUGACGAUGAUCCCAAUAAUCAUCUCGAUUUGGUUGGUGUUGGGCGCGGCGGCGAGGCCCGAGAUGGAGAAGGAUCGAAUAAGAAUGCGAAGCAAGGGCAAGAUGUUCACUCGGUGCCCGAUUCUCCGAUGCUGGAAACGACGUCGUCAUUUGGGUCGACUUCUUCGUCGCCUUCCCUCGCGAAUUUGCCUCCGAUUAGAGUGCAUGUCGACGACGGCGGAGGGGUGAGAGGUGUGGGUCUGGAUCAGCAGAAGGUCGGGAUCGAGGAGCAGUUUGCUCAGAUUAGUGUCGGCAGUGGCGGUGGGCAGAAGCCAGACGAGGGUUUCAUGAUCAUCUCAUCUCCACCUCCGAUGCCAGUUUCGAUCACUGUAUCUGGAGUCCCUGUUGGCUCUCCGGUGAUGGGUGGUGGGUAUCAGAAUCGGAUCAUCUCUGAUGAUGAGAGAUCCGAUCAUGGGGUACCGGUGGAGUACAGAAGGCCUCCGCCACCACAAUCUCAGCCCCAGAUGCCUCCUCCGCAGUCACAACAACAAGGAUCAACUGGUGGUGGUGGUAGUGGUAGCGGCGGUGCCAAUGAUCUGCUUUCUCCAGAUUCCAUGUCAAGUGAUAGUAGCUUUAGCAAUGCCAUGAAUAGACAACAACAAAAACCUGGAAUUAGUCAAGAACAACAGGUAAUGCAAAUUCCUCAUGGAGCAAACAGGGUGGUUGCUUCUAACCUGGUGGAUCCAAACACCAGCAGUGUUCAGGUUCAACAACAACUUCAAGAUUCUGGUAAUUUAUUGCUAGCACAGUUUGAGCAGCAACAACAUCAGCAACAACAGCCGCACUAUAUACAUGCUGGUGGUCAUUACAUUCAGCAUCACCCUUCUGGGGCGGUGCAACUUCCAGCUUACUACCCUGUCUACCCACAGCAGCAGCAACACAUCCAUCAAAUGGAUCAUCAUCAGCAAUACCCAGUGUAUUAUGUGCAAGCACGACAACCCCAAGCCUAUAAUCUGCAGUCGGUGCAACAACCACAAUCUAGUGUUGGUGAACCUGCAAACAACGGUGGUAGGUCACAAACACCUCCCACUAUACCUCCAAUGGUUCCUCAGUCAGCGGCUGCCCCAGCAGCUUACAACCCAGUGAGAAAUGCUCCUGUCCCCAAGCCUGAAAUGAUGUACAGAACAACAAAUAAUGGGACGCCUCAGCUGAUUGCAUUGUCUUCUCCUGGGCAGCAGCAGUAUGUUGGGUUCUCACAAGUUCAUCAUCAUCCGUCUCAGUCUAUGGCCCCUGCUGCUGCUUCGGCUGGAACUCCUAGUUAUGGGUAUGAGUUUGUUGAUCCUAGUCAUGGUCAUGGUCCUGGCCCGAUAUAUUACACACAGCCUCUGGCGCCAUCAAUCCCAGCUUCACAAUACCAAACCAUGACAACAGGUGGCGGAGGUGUUGUGUUGGCAGAAGGGUCUGUUCAGAUUCCAGCUGAGCCGAUCAUGCAGCAGCAGCAGCAGCGGACUACACAACCAUUGUAGUCGAGGGGAGAAGCAAUAAGGAGGAAAAGAGAAGAAGAUCCUGAAAGAGAAGGUGGAAACGGAAAAUGAAAGGAGAACAAUUUUGAAGUAAAUGGUCUGUGGGUUUAUGAAAUUUGUGGAGUUGUUCAUUGUUGAGUUUAUUUUGAUUGAUAUUUGGGGUUUUGGUGAGCUAAAUGUAUUUUUGUGGUAGAUAAUAAGGAACUUGUGGGUGAGGUGGUGUCUAUUUGUAUUGUCAUUAAUGUUACUAUUACUGCUGCUGCUGCUAUAGAAAGAGGAACUGAGAGUGGUCAUGUCAGGUCUGGGUAUAUUUUAUUUUAUACUGUAAAACCUUGAAUACUUAAACAUCUCUAUGUCUGCCAUCUUUUCUUUUUCACAUCCUAUCUAUACAUAUCAUUCAGUCAUGGCAACUCUGAAUCAAAAGUCAUGUAUGGGUAAUGGCUUGGCUGGUGGAUUUGGUGGGGCGAUUGGGUUCUUGACUCACCAGCAGCACUGUUUUGCAGUGUGUUCAUCUCUGAUUUUGUUGGUGUAGAAUUGUGGAUACUGAAAGCAGCCAGCUCUGAAAAUUUUGCGGUGCUUUUUCCAGCAGCAGCAGCAGCAGCAGCAUUGCCAUCAGUGGCGGCUUGGUGGUGGGGGUAACGCAAUACAAUACAGCACCGCAC